UGUCUUGGAUUUAAUUAUUUGGAGGUACAAAUAUAUUCUCUUGGUGUAGCCUACCCCAUGCGAUUCACUUAAAGUGGCUGGGUCAAGGCAGCACUCAGCUUUGACCUGCGGGACACUUGGUGUAGGGGGGGCGUGGAGCACAGGUGGAGACCUUUUAAUCAGCCCGAGACCCUCCGGCUUUCGUCGUCUGCCAUUUAGAAAGGGGUCCGAGCUGCCGAAGUCAAAGUUUAGGCUACUUCAGAGAAAAGGAGGAACUGGACGAUCCUAGGCUGCUCAAGGCUGCGUUUUCUCAGCUGUCCGGGUGACAGAAUAUUGCCUAGGUAUAGGCUACUGCCAGGAACCGGCAUGGUCAGAAUAUCUGGACAGUUUCCAUGAAUUGGCGACAUUUGGUCUCACUGUUGAUAUAAGCAAUGCCAAUCCAAGGCUGGAUGUUGCAUAGUCACGGAGGAGCGUGUUUGGACUUGCAAUAAAACAGUUUUUAUUUUUUAAACAAUUUUCUGCGCACCACGUCUCAAGCAUUUGUCUCUUGCAUAACGUCCGUGCACACGAUCUCCUGUGGGUUUGGAGACGCAGCGGUGGACUCCCGAGUAGAAAGUCAGGAAAGGACGGGGCUCCGUCCACGGAAAUAGUCGCGAUUAGGCCCUGCAGCAAGGGGCAUGUGGGUAUAAAUACAAGCGCUGAGCAGCUUUUGCGCUCACGCGUUAUAUGGAAUUUAAUUGAUCUCCGCCUUAAACUUAAAAGCUGGCCCUUUCGAUCAAGAUGUCGAGUCAAAAACACUGCGGAUGAUGUGUUUUGGAUGAAGUUUUGUUCAGACCUGUAAACAAAACGUGGUAAAGUUCAGGAGGUAUUCCAGUAGUAUAUUCCCAGCAGAACUGAGUGGGAAAGCUUAGUGGAGAUCGGGAAUGGACAUGCACUAGUAAUGGAAGUAUAUUGACUGCAGCUGGCUCUUUAUGAAAACAACACAUUUUGACUGGAUUUGAUAUUCCACACAACUUCUCGAGGACCCUUUUAAACAUUUGUCUUCACUUCUUUGGUGUUUCUUUUGUAAGUUUUCCCCUUAUGCACAUUAUUUUGUAAUUCUGUGAAUUUUCCCUAAAAUACUUUUCCAAUGAGUGAAACAGUGUGUAGGCAGCUGAGUGGGUUUGGACAGGAACCGAGCAAGCAGCGAUUGAACCUUGCAGUCUCAAGUGCGUCAAAACCGAAGGGAACGUAGAGGAAUGCAGGGAUUGACGUCAAGAGGGGCAAUAAUGAACUAUUCAAAGUCUUUGGAAGGUCUGCUGGUGUUUCUACAGCCACUAAACGGCUAAUGAAGUGGAAUUUCCUCUGAAAAGGUUUUUGUUUUUGCUCUCCUUUUUCACUUUUAAGAGAACAAUCAUUGCCCUAGUUGUUAACUGCGGCUCUAUACUUUGCCUUACUUCUUAAGUUUAAAAAAAACUGUCCCUUCUGCAUAGUCUUUGCAUUUUCUGAUAUAGAUUAAUAAGCAACAUGGCAUCCCCCCAACAUCAACAACUGCUGCCUCAAAACACAGAAGUGAGCUGUGACUCAAGUGGAGAUGGAGGCGUCUCAGUGAGGAUUGGCAGCACUGUCAAACACAAGCAUGGAGGCGGGCCGUUGGGUUCAAUCGGGGGAGGCUUCAUUGGGGGAUCCAAGCACUGCAAGUACAGCAUUUCCUCCAGCUGCAGCUCCGGAGAGUCCGGAGCUAGGAGGACGGUGGUCAAGAGCUAUCGCACACAGAAGAAGAUGCCUCAGCUUUUUGAAAGAUCUGCUGGUCAUUUCUGGGACCCAAAGUUUGACUCUUCGAUCCUGGAGGAGGCCUGUAGAGAACGGUGUUUCCCUCAGACCCAGCGGCGCUUCCGCUAUGUGCUCUUUUACCUGGUUGCCUCUGCCCUCCUCUGGGGGUUGUACUUUGCUGUCAAUCCUUCCCGCUGUGACAGGACUGCCUUUCUCCUUCCCACCGCAUCCUUCCUCCUUUUCUGUCUCCUUCUCUUUCUCUUAACUUUUACUAAGCUCUACUCUCGCUGCUACAACCAAGCAUCUCUGCUGCUUAUCCUUGUAACCUUCGCCCUGACCCUGGCCCCCCAGAUCCAGACAUCAAGCUUUAGGGACCCGGAGACUCCCACACCUGCGCUGGAUGUAGAGGACUUCAGUGGCAUGGGACCCACGUUUAACCUGUCCCAUGACAAGCUUCUGGGAGGUAGCACCUGGUCCCCUUGUCUUUCUCCUGUAGGCACCUUCUCUCUCUGUAUCGAGGUUCUUCUGUUGCUAUACAGCGUUCUCCAUGUUCGCCUCUAUGCUUCUGUCCUUCUCGGGUUUCUCUACUCUGUCUUUUUUGAGAGUUUGGGCUGGUUGCACCUGACGCAGGCAGGGGAUAACUGGAGCUUAGCCUCUCAGUCAGAGUGGGACACGUUAUGUUGGCUUGGCCCAGCCAAAGCUCUGCUCCACCUCUGUGCCCACGCCAUUGGCAUCCACCUAUUCAUCAUGUCUGAGGUGCGAUCACGCAGCACCUUCCUUAAGGUGGGACAAGCUAUCAUGCAUGGCAAAGAUCUGGAGGUGGAGAAAGCCUUGAAGGAGCGAAUGAUCCACUCUGUCAUGCCCAGAAUCGUGGCUGAUGACCUGAUGAAACAGGGUGACGAGGAGAUAGGUGAUAGUUCUGUUAAACGAUACUCUACCAGCGGUGCAGCAGCUGUCAUCUCCAGCCCUAAAAACAACAAAUACAAGAAGACCUCCAUCCCUCGUGGCCAGAUCAUCUUCAGACCAUUCAACAUGAAACGGAUGGAGCCCGUCAGCAUCCUCUUUGCAGACAUUGUGGGUUUCACAAAAAUGUCUGCCAACAAAUCUGCACACGCCCUCGUCGGGCUUCUAAAUGACUUAUUUGGACGUUUUGAUCGACUUUGUGAGCUCACUGGCUGUGAAAAGAUCAGCACUCUAGGAGACUGUUACUACUGUGUGGCUGGUUGUCCUGAACCCAGACCAGACCACGCCUAUUGCUGCGUGGAGAUGGGCCUGGGCAUGAUUCAGGCUAUUGAACAGUUCUGCCAGGAGAAGAGAGAGAUGGUCAACAUGAGGGUGGGUGUCCACACUGGCACUGUACUGUGUGGCAUCCUGGGCAUGAAACGCUUCAAGUUUGAUGUUUGGUCAAACGACGUCAACCUGGCCAACCUGAUGGAGCAGCUGGGAGUGGCCGGGAAGGUCCACCUAUCACAGGCCACUGCCAACUUCCUGGAUGACCGCUACCAGCAUGAAGAUGGACAAGUCAUUGAGAGAAUAGGACAGAGUGUGGUGGCUGACCAGCUCAAAGGCCUGAAGACCUACCUGAUCUCUGGCAGGAAGGUGGAGCCUCACUCUCUCUGUAGCUGCUCUCAGUUGGGGUUGGCAGGGCCUGAGCAUGCAGAUCCCCGGUGCCCCACUCCUAAGGUGCACACACCUGAUGGAGCUCCUUCAGCCUGCACCCUGCCUCCAGAUAGUGCUAAGUCCCCUUGUACAUCCUGCAGUGUGGUCCUGAUACCAGGAGAGGAUCAGGUUCUGGAAGAAGGAGCGGUACGCAAUGGCUGCCAUGAUGACCACAAGACCAACAGCAGUAAGGACUCUUCAAAUCUGAAGUGUUCACCAGCGAUUUCUGCAGGGCGCAGCCCCAAGACUCUGAACGGCCUGCUCAGUCCUCAGCUGGAAGCCUUGAACAACAGCCAGACGUCACUGUGUGAGAUGCUGCAGGAGAAGGAGAAGAAGACGUGGAGUGGAGGAACCAUGGGCAUGGACCACUCCGCGCUCAUUCCUCUCCGCUCCAAGAACUUCAGGGAGAGGAGUGAUGCUCACUUUGUGGACGUUAUUAAAGAGGACAGCCUUAUGAAGGACUAUUUCUACAGACCUCCCAUAAACAAGCUGAGCCUCACCUUCCUGGAAAGGAGCCUGGAGUCUGCUUACCGGAUAAGCUACCAGGAGGAGGUGGAAACCCAAGCAGCGGUGCAGACUUUUGCCAGUCCAACAUUCAGUUCUUUCCUGGACAUGCUGCUGUGCUGUUCAGUGUUCCUGGCUCUCUCACUGGCCUGCUUUCUUCGACCACUUGUCUCCCAGCAGAGUUUGUCCACGCCAGCACUCAUUCUGACAGCUGUAGCCACCCUGUUGGAGGCUGUGGCUCUCUUGUUUGCUAUACGUAUGGCUUUCUACCUGGACAGUGUGCUGAAUUGCACUCGGCUGCUGAUGAGAGCGAUUUCAGGCUGGCUAGCGCGCCAUUUUAUAGGAGCUGUCCUGGUUUCCCUGCCCACUGUGGCCGUCUUUUCCCAUGUCGCCUGUGACAUGCAUCUCUCCAUCCAGUUCACCAUGUUCAUCUGCUGUGCUGGCAUCAUAGCUAUCAUUCAGUACUCUAACUUCUGCCAACUCAGCUACUGGAUGCGCUCAGUUCUAGCGACUUUGGUGGGACUAGCACUGCUUGCCUUGCUCUUUGGCUCCCCCUGCAGUGUGGCUAAAAGUCUGUUUUUUUGGUCGGAUGGCCGGGGCAAUAACAGCAACAGCAACGGCUCCAUGGUCAUGUAUGAAAGCCCGGCAGACCCACAGGACCUGCUGGGGCCUGAGGCCUGCGUGGCCUUUUUCCUAGUCCUUCUCCUGAUCUGGUUCCUUAACCGUGAAUUUGAGGUCAGUCACCGCCUGCAUUACCAUGGCAACGUGGAGGCUGAUAAACACCGCAUCAAGAUCCAGAACAUGAGGGACCAGGCCGACUGGCUGCUUCGCAAUAUCAUCCCCAUCCAUGUGGCCGAGCAGCUGAAAGUCACCCAGAGCUACUCCAAGAACCACGACAAUGUGGGUGUAAUAUUUGCCAGUAUUGUUAAUUUCAGUGAGUUUUAUGAGGAAAGCUACGAGGGAGGCAAGGAGUGCUACCGUGUCCUCAAUGAGCUAAUUGGAGACUUUGAUGAGCUGUUACGGAAGCCUGCCUUCUCAAAUAUGGAAAAGAUCAAGACCAUCGGUGCCACGUACAUGGCAGCAGCAGGACUCAAUGCGCAGCAGUGUGCAGAUGCGGCACAUCCUCACGCCCACCUCCGCGCUCUUUUUGAAUUUGCCCUUGAAAUGAUGUGUGUGGUGGACGACUUCAACAAGAACAUGCUGGGCUUUGGCUUCAAGCUUCGCAUUGGAUUCAAUCACGGGCCUCUAACGGCGGGGGUGAUUGGCACCACUAAACUUCUCUACGAUAUCUGGGGCGACACGGUCAACAUCGCCAGUCGCAUGGAUACUACAGGUGUGGAGUGUCGUGUCCAGGUCAGCGAGGAGAGCUACUGUGUGCUCAGUGCCAUGGAUUAUGAGUUUGAUUAUCGGGGCACAGUUAAUGUCAAAGGCAAAGGUCAGAUGAAGACCUUCCUUUACCCAAAGAGUAGUGACAGUGGCCCUGUGCCUCAGUACCAACUCUCAGUCUCACCAGAGAUCCGGGUACAGGUGGAUGGUAGCAUCGGCCGCUCGCCCACUGAUGAAAUUGCCAGCAUGGUGCCCACAACCAGUAUGGCUGCAAGCAGUACCAAUACUACCAUACCCAGUGUCAGCGCUGGUUCCUCUACUACCACAGGGCUUAGCCAUGGGAAAGAGGCAGACAGCCAUGAAAGACAUCCCUCUACAGAGACCUCUCAUGCCAGGCGAUCUACAUCUCACCUAGAAGGAUCUGCAAAUAACAAACAGCUCAUCAUCUCAUCCUCGGCCCAGCAAAAUACACUCCAAAAUUCCCAGAAAGACAAAUGUGAUGAUGAUUAUGACAGUAAUGUUGGAGAGUUAACCAGACUUUAAGAAUUUGCUACAGUUUUUAUCAUAAAUCCUCUACCCUUUAAGCGCUUGUUCCUGUCGGUUGGCAUAUGUAGAAUUGCUGUAGAUUUGGUCCUACCCCAGGUAGAAUCAGAGAAAAAGACCCGCUGGCCUCUUCUCUGCAUCAGCCAGGCAGCAGUUUGUUUUUAGUUUAAAUCUGAUUGGCCGAUAUUACCAGUGGAGAGUGCCGGCUGAACCACAAAGUGAGGGUCAGGCAGGAGCACACGGAGGAAAUGGGAAGAUGUGAUGACUCUGAACCUUCUCUUGCCUGCUACAGAUCCCAUUGUCUCCCAUUAACUUACUUGAUUGUCUGUACACCUGUAAUCUUAAUUAUUUCUUUUGUAUGUCUUUUAAGUGCCUUUAGAGUAGAUAUAAUGUAGUAUAAUGUGUAGACUAAGCCUUUUGGAGUAAGGGAAGAAUAACAUAAAGGGAAAACUGUCAAUAAGCAAUCUUUUUGGAAAAACUGCUUAGCUUUUGUUACAACUUUACAUUGUAUACUAUGCUUUGCUAUGAUAUUUUGCCUUUUAUCAAAGAAAACCUCACCAUGGAAAGUGCUUCAUUGCGAUGAGGAGAAUCGCAAUGUGUGUCAAGUGAAGGGAAAUAAGACGGUACUCCUUGAUAUGUAUUAGUCAAAUCUGCACUAGAAUGCAUUUCCAUGUUCUUUAUGAGAACCAGAAAACUCUUCAUGAAAGGCACAGCAGAGACUAAUCAAUACAGGCUAAGGGCAGACGGGGUUGAGCUGUGUGUAGUGUGAAUGUAUUUGUUUGCAUACAGUGUGUGAGUGUGUUGUGUCUGUGUAGUAACAAGAUCAUGCAGGGUUUAAUGAGGAGAGGUGCCUAUGAGUUACUCGACUGAAUUGGUGCAAGAUGAUGACAAACAGUUUAGGAACACAGUGGAAUGAUGUGACAGCUUUUUCUCUGGCCUCUGUUCAGAUCUUUGUAUUGUCUCAGUACUUAGGCACGAUGGUCUCAGCUACAUUUAAUCAGCAUGCUUGUAACAACAGCAUCGUAAACAAGGUUAACUGUCACUAGUGUUUGUGCCCUCCCACAUGAUCCAGACUCUUAAUGAAAGCCCAAGCUGUGUUUAGUGUAUUGUAUGUAUAAAGAGUAUUUCAAUGGAUCCUACAAGGCAUUGCUGUACCUGUAGAUUGUCUUGACGGUAGGUUUUGCCAUGGGUUACACUGUGUGUUAGUUGAUAGUGUUUUUAAGACAUGGAUAAUCAAAGUGGAAUGUCACAAAUCAAAACUAAGUGUGUUUUAUUUUAUUUAUUGUUACACAAAACUUGAACUGUUCAUGUGAAGCUGCCCUCUCUAAUUUGUAUGAUUUGAAAGACAUUACUCAAUGGAAACAGCUGGAUGCAUUAGUUGCUUCAUAGCAUGCUUUUAAUGGCAUGAAACGUAAUGUAAUAUCACUGUAAAUGCAAAGGAAGUGUAACAAAUGUAUUUCGUAAUAAUAUGUUGCUUUCACUCUUUCUUAUUGACUUCAUUGAUUUCCUGCUAUUAUGUCAGAUUACUUUGGAUAUCAAACUGAUUAAACUGUGCUUCUCUGUUGCUGUUACAUUUUCUCUUCUGUCACUGUUUCUAAGCAAAAAGGAUUGUGUGCUCAGAGGCAAAAAAGUUUAACCAUGAAAUCCACUUCAGUGUCUUAUUUAUGAUGUUUCAAUACCCGCAACACCUUAACCUUAUAUUUUUAAAAUACCAUUUUAUAAUUAGUACUUUUAAGGUAAUAAAGCAAACGCAACCAAUAUUGCAGAAAACUAGAACCAAUUUGCCUUCUUUAUCAUCAAAUAAUUUAUUCCAACUGCAACGUUUAACAUUACUCUAGUAGUUCAAAAUUUGUUUCCUUUUUCUGUGUGUGAAGAUAGGGUAGCUUGUGCCUUUUAACUCGAAUUUCCUAUAUCUUUGUUUUUAUUGUGUGCUCUGAAUUGCUUUAUUUUUUUAGGACACUGAAUAUUUCCCAAAAGCUUAUAGUAUGCAUACGCAGUAGAAUGUUCACUAUUUGAUGCUUAAAUCAAAUUCUUCUGAGGUUUAUAACGUCAUGGAAUGUGAGCAGUGCCUAUUCUUAAUGUAUAUAAUUAAAUGUAAACAUACCAAACAUAUUCAACAUUAAUAACAAUUAAUUCCUUUUCAUUUGGCUUUCCAUUGUGUUCUGUAUCUGUUGCUCGGAUGGAGUUGGGUGAUCUAAUGCAAUAAUAAUUAGUUUGAAAGGGAAAACUUACCUUUACGCUUAUGAGCACACAACCCUUGUACCAGCCCAACAUUUGUGAUUGUUAUACUACAAUAAAGGGACACUUAAAAAUAUUAUUGUUGUUAUCCAUGGUUAAGUGCUUAAGAUAGGUCGUGAGAGUGUCAGAUAAAGUGUUUCCUCCUUGGUAAUUUUGAUACGCUCUGUGUAUUUUAUUAAUUGAACAUUUUUUCUGGUUAGUAUUGUAUUGAAAAAUAAGAUCGGGGCGUCAACUUUUAGUUUUGAUUGCCACUUGUUUUUUUCUAUUUUUUCCCCUCUUUGUUUCACUACAAACAUGUUGAUUUGGUUUGAUUUAUCAAGAUGUAAGUGACAUUCUGACCCAGCAGGAUGGCACACUGAGAAUUUCGAUGCCAAAGAGUGUUAUUGCCAUCUCUUGGAGUUUCUUUGUAGAUCUUAUAUUAUCCUUAAUUUGCAGGUUGUGUUCUGCACGUUCAAGAAAGGUCAUUUAUAUAUUCACUAGUGUUAAAACACAUAUGCACAACGCGCUCACUUUUUAUGUACAGUAUGCUUUUAUAUUGUAUAGUAUAUGGGCAUUUUCUAUUAUUUAUAUAAGCGCAUGUACUAGAGUAUUACAUAGUCUAAAGAACUGGGUCAUUUUAACCAUGUUGGAAUAAAACUUCUGUGUUCCGUUUUCCUGCAUGUGUGUAAAAAAAAAAGAAAAAAAAAGAGUGUUUGUAAAACUGUGUGGUUGUGUGUGUUUUGGUAGGGAUGCUCUAAUCUUAUCAUCUCAAAACGAAUGACAUGCUAGGACAGUAUAAUACAGAUACAGACAUCCUUUUUUUCCUUUAUUUUUAAAAAUUUAAACUGGCCAAAUAAAAUGGUCCAAACACUACUAGAUGUCUGCAGGUAGGCAGUAUUUCUGUAGCUGCUACCCCAAAGUUUUAAUGAAUUGUUGCUUUCUUUGGAAAUGUUUUUGUAGCAUGCUGAUAGGUAUGCAAGUGAAGGUUAAAAUUGAAUAAAGUCAGUCGCUGGGAAA